AAUCCAUGAAACUCUCUUAUUAAUUAAUCUUAACCAUGACAGAUGAAAAAUCCGAAAACUUGGAUGAUGACAUUCCAAAUUUAUCUGAACAUGCAUUAUCGGCAUUAAAUGAAUUUCUUUCAGAACAAGAACAACAUCAAAUAAAAUUUGAACAAUUAAGACAAAAAUCUUUAUCAUCUAUACAAAAUUAUUUAGGAACAAAUUCACAAAAUAAAGGGAAUGAGGAGCAAAAUGAGGAAAAUGAAGUUAAUAUGGAAUUGUUUAAAGAAGAUUGGCAGUUGAGUCAAUUUUGGUAUGAUGAAGAAACAUCGAAUACAUUAGCUCAAGAAGCUUUAGCUAAUACAAGUCCAGAUAGUCGGAUAGCAUGUAUUAGUACACCAACAGCAUUUGUAAAAUUAAAAUCAGUAAACCCACUUCCAAAACAAACAAUUUGUCUCUUUGAAUAUGAUACAAGAUUUAAUAUAUACGGAAAUGAUUUUUAUGAAUAUGAUUAUAAGGAUCCGACUAAAUUUCAAAAUUCUUUGGAAUUAAAAAAUUCUUUUGAUUUCAUAUUAGUUGAUCCUCCAUUUUUAAGUGAAGAUUGUUGUACUAAAACUAUGAUAACAGUUAGAUGGCUUGGAAAGAAAGAGAAUUGUAAAAUUUUAAUUUGCACAGGUGCUGUAUUGCGUGACCUUAUUUAUAGACUAGUCAAAGCAAAGAUGACAACUUACUUUCCAAGACAUAAAAGUGGAUUGGCAAAUGAAUUUCGUUGUUACUCAAAUUAUGAAAGCCAAAAAAUUAAAUGGGUAAAAGAUGAAUUAUAAUAAAAAUAAAUUAUAUAUUUAAUAUAUAUUUAUAAUAAAUAAUAAAAAAAAUUACUGUAUUGGCGGCUAGCCCAAUAGUGUGCUCUUUAUAAGUCCAACCUGAUUCUUGAUUCUGAUAUAAUCCAUUCUUUUGCAGUUUCCCCUAUUUCUUAACGAUUAGAUAACACUUUCCAUGAAUUCAUUCUUCUUGCUUCUAUGAUAAUCUAUGCGAAACGCGUUCAAAUCUGUGUUACGUAAAAGAUCUGAAAUAUUUAUAUCAAUGCCCGUGAUUGAAAUUUUUUGCUAUUUCAUAUUUUCGCAAUGUUAAA